CGGUCAAAUAAGUUAUGAGCUCACAAAAUGUGAUAAAAGUUCAUAAAUAUUAAUAAAAGCUGCAUAUAUUUUGCAAAUAUCUUCGUGAAUGUGAAAAGUUCGCUCAAUAUAUUGCCACCUAUAAUUUGGUUAUAUUAUUUUAAAGUACAAAAUGUUACAAUACUGAUUGCAGGACGGAGGACCAUCCAGAUAUCUGGGAACAAUGUUGAAGGCUGGGACUUUGUUUGAUAAUGUUAUCAAAGUGACAUAAUCACAAUCCACCAUAGUUCCAUUCUAGCAGAUUAUAGUUGCUUACUCACAAUGAUGACCUCGGAGGAGUCUGACUCACUAGGCACUAUACCCUCGGACGGCCACCCCGAUGACGCCACAGCAUCAGGAACCGAAGAAGCGCCAUCAUCGAUGGUGUCAAGCGAGACGGAGUCGGAUGGCAGCAUCUUGUCGGAAAGCCAUCGCCAUGAUGCGACGGACGGAGCGCCGGCAGACGCCAGCGAGGCCAGCUUCACCGACCCGGCAAUGAACUCCCUGGACAAGGCACUGGGACCGCUUGCUGACGUGGGCAGCACAUUAGCUUCCUUGGUAUCGACUAGAGGCUCAAUGUUACCUUGGGGUCCCAACAAAGGCGCGAUGGUGCCGAUGGCGGACUCCGACUUGAGGCCGGGAGAGUUUGUGAUGCGGCUUCUCUUCACCGAGUUCACUGUACAGGCCGAGAGGAAGAUGGAGGCUGUCAUGGCGGAACCUAUGGAGAAGCCCCUGAACAAGACGCUGCAGCGGGGCGAGGACCCGCAGCUGGACCAGAUCCUGUCGGCCUUCGGCACGGUGGCGGAGCACUGCCUGCCGUCGCUGCUGCGCGCGCUGUUCGGCUGGCUGGAGCGCCAGAUGGCGGAGUCGCCGCAGCUGGCCGAGCAGGCCCGGAAGCCGCACCAGGACUCGCGGAACAAGAGCAUCAUCUACAUCGUGUCGGGCAGCGGCGCGGGCGAGCCGGCCGAGCGCAGCGGCGAGGAGCUGCGGGCCGAGCGCCGCGACUUGGCCGUGGAGUUCCUGUUCUGCCUGGCCCUCAUCGAGGUGCUGCGCCAGCUGCCCUUCCACCCCGGCCACGAGGACCUCGUGCAGUACAUCGAGAACGUCGCCUUCAAGAGGUUCAACCACAAGGAGGGCUUACAGUCCAACCCCAACGCCGCCAACGUGCACAUCAUAGCGGACUUGUACGCGGAAGUUAUUGGCGUGCUCGCUCAGUCGCGCUUCGCGUCUGUGAGGAAGCGGUUUACCGCGGAAUUGAAGGAAUUGAAAAGCCGCGAGCCGUCGCCGCACACGACGCAAAGCAUAAUCUCACUACUGAUGGGCAUGAAGUUCUUCCGAGUGAAGAUGGUGCCCAUUGAGGAGUUCGAAGCUUCCUUCCAGUUCCUGCAGGAAUGCGCUCAGUACUUCCUGGAAGUGAAGGACAAGGACAUCCGCCAUGCGCUAGCGGGUCUGUUCGUCGAGAUACUCGUACCUGUUGCUGCGACUGUCAAAAACGAGGUUAACGUUCCCUGCCUGAAAAACUUCGUGGAGAUGCUUUAUAGUCACACCCUCGACACGAGCACUAAGUCCAAACACCGCCUGGCACUCUUCCCAUUGGUGACUUGCCUACUCUGCGUGUCACAGAAGCAAUUCUUUCUGGCCAACUGGCACUGCUUCUUGGCUAUGUGCCUCUCGCAUUUGAAGAACAGAGACCCUAAGAUGUGCCGGGUGGCUUUAGAAUCCCUGUAUCGCCUUCUCUGGGUGUAUAUGAUACGGAUUAAAUGCGAAAGUAAUUCGGCGACACAAUCUCGGCUUCAGAGCAUCGUCAACUCCCUCUUCCCCAAAGGAUCUAAAGGAGUUGUGCCACGGGAUACCCCAUUGAAUAUAUUUGUCAAAAUCAUACAGUUCAUAGCCCAAGAGAGGCUGGACUUCGCCAUGCGGGAAAUUGUAUUUGAUCUCCUCAUGGUUGGAAGGCAGAUUAAAAUUAUUUUGACUCCUGAGAGAAUGUCUAUUGGACUACGAGCUUUCCUAGUAGUGGCGGAUAGCUUACAGCAAAAGGAAGGGGAACCCCCUAUGCCCCGAACUUCUGGCACCCUCCCUUCAGGAAACACACUACGAGUGAAAAAGACGUUUCUGAAUAAAAUGUUGACGGAUGAAACCGCUAGAUCAAUUGGGAUGAGCGCGUACUUUCCGUACGUGAGGCGAGUUCUAGUGGAAAUCCUCAGAGCGUUGGACGCGCACUACGGGCGGCCGCUCAUGCUGACCAACACCCAGAAUGUUACCAAGGAACAAGAGAUCAACACUGGUGAAAGGAAACCGCGGAUCGAUCUGUUUCGGACGUGCGUGGCAGCUAUCCCAAGGCUGAUCCCGGAGGGCAUGAGCCCUGGCGAGCUGGUGGAGCUGCUGUGCCGCCUCACCGUGCACAUGGACGAGGAGCUGCGCGGCCUGUCGUUCCAGAGCCUGCAGACCCUCAUCGUGGACUUCCCCGAGUGGCGCCAGGACGUGCUGGCGGGCUUCACCCAGUUCCUGGCCAAAGAGGUUCAAGACACGUCUCCUCAACUGGUCGAGAAUGGUCUGCGUAUGCUGCUUCAGCUGGUGACCAGUUGGAAGAACGGUGAGCCCAGCACAUCCGCUCCGCCCAAGCCCGAGCCCCUGGCGUCUGUGAUCCGGGGGACCGAAGCCCUGGGACUCGUCAUGCUUUGCCAGUGCAAGGCGUAUCCCCGACGACUGGCGGUCCAUAUUCUCAGAGAGACGAAGUACCUGCUGGAGCGGUUGCAGCUGACUCGCGACGAGCCGGCGCUCAUCGACGCGGCGGACCGCCACGUGGCGCACUUCGCCGACAAGUGCUUGCCCGUACUGCCACCCGCGGAGAAGCAAGCCGUGCUGGCGGCCGGCCAGCCCGACCUCGUGUGGCUCGGCGAGCGCAGCCACGCCGCCUGGACCGCGGGUCUACAGCACGAUGAUACAUCUUCCAAGAAUAGUUGGAGUGGCAGCUCUACCAACGGCGCAGAUCCGUGGGAGGUAGUACUGUUUGGUCUUCUGGAGAGGAACCGCGUGCCCGCCCAGUGCCCCGCCACUGUACUCCAGGCGUGGCCAAUUCUGCACGCGCGCAUACAUGCGCUCUACACCAUCAUAGAACCCGCGCCGGUGAGCGACAACCGCGCGUCGCUGCUGUCGCGCGGGCCGGCGCCGCCGCGCAAGCCGGAGAAGGAGCGCGACGGCUACAUGCAAGUGUGGAAGUAUUACAUGACCAUGGCGUACCUGGUGGUGCCCGCCGUGCCCAGCCCCGUCGUCAGGUGUGCCAGCCCCGACUUGAGUUUAAGCUCGUCGCCGGACUCGCUGAGCGAGCGCAGCGGGGGCGAGGCCCGAGGAGCGUCGGCGGCGCCCAGCUCGCUGCACAAGCUCGCAGUGCCCCUGGCGCGGUGCGAGGUCCCCGAAGUGAGAGACGCGGCCGUAGCGGCGUGCGGACACAUCAACCCAGACGCGCUGAAGGACCUGUUCGAGGAGCUAGUGCCGUUGCUGCGUGAAGCCGUGGAUCGCAAGCAGGAGAACAUGCGGCGCCGUCGGCGGCGCGACGCUCUGCGGCUCAAUCUCAACAAGAUGCUGCUCAUCAUCGCGCAGCGGAAGACCUUCGCGACCAGCUCGUACGCGCUGGAGGGCGGCGGCUUGCAGCCCACCGUGGCGGAGUACCUGGACGGCGCGCGCCAGUGCCUGGAGGCGGAAGGCGACAAGGAACAGCGCCUCACCUUCGCGGACUUCGUCACGGAACUCAUCAAGAGCUUCCCGCUGGAGAUGUCCGGGUCGUUGCUGCGGCGGGAGUUGUGCCGGAGCCUGUUCGCGCUGUUCGCGGGCUGGUGCGGGCCGCUGGGAAAACACCUCGGCACCCUGGUACCACAGCCUCAGGCGCCGGAGGUCGACGACCGCCUCAAUCUGUCUGCGUUAAAGGCAAUGAGUGCACUGGUAUGUUGCGGACCCUGCUUCGCCCCGACCGCGUUGGCUGAGGACGGUUCUCUGUACCCGUGGCUCAGCGAAAUGUUGUCUUCAACCAACGAUAAGACGUACGAGCUGGCCCGGGAGACCAUAGUGCUCCUCUUGGACUGCAACCCGGACAUCGGGCCUCUGCUGGACUGGACCGUGGACAAGUGUUUCACGGGGCCCGCGCGAGUCGCGGACGGCUGUUUCAUGGCGCUCGCUACCAUAUUCAGCGCUCGGGAGUACCCGUGCGACCACUACACCGCCAUCAUCAACGUGACACUGAUGUGCACGGGCUGCCCGCGGGCGCCAGUGCACGAGAGCGCUUUGCAACUGCUACAACUGCUGGACAAACGCUUCUUCGGCAGCAUCGGCCCCCUGCCCGCAGACGACGACACCAGUUCGGAGAAGGGUCGCGGCACUCUCGACGUAUUGCUGUGCACUACCUACUGCCGAUCACAGCUCUAUCUAUCCCGGCAAUUGUCGCAACUACAUCCCGAACUAACAAUGCCAAUGUUUUCUGAAAUCACGGCGCGUUUUCAAACGGCCCGUACGGAAGUGCGCCAGCUAUUGCUGCAAUACCUACUUCCCUGGCUCGUGAACAUUGAAUUGGUGGACCCCAACGUGCCGCCGGCGAACCCGCUCUCCUACAUACAGUACUACGCCGCGGAGGCGGGACGCGCGGGGCGCCGCGAGGGCCUGGGCUCCGUGGAAGCCACGGAGAUGGUGCUCAACAAUCUCUUCUACAUCACCGUGAAGUUUUCGGACAAUCACCCCAAGGAAAUAGAGGAGCUGUGGUCCACGUUGUGCGCAUGCUGGCCGAACAACCUCAAAGUGAUCAUCCGGUACCUCAUCAUUGUCUCCGGGAUGGCACCCAACGAACUGCUACCAUAUGCUAAACGAGUUGUCCUCUACCUCGCGCGGUCGAGGCCCGAGCGACUCCUUGACGAGAUGAUGACAGAGCUACAGACUGUGGAAACAUUGAACUGCCUCAUCGAAAGGACGGAGACGCCUCCAUUUUAUAGGCUCACCUCCAUGCGCAAGGCCACGUCUGGCCACAGUGACGGCCCGGGCACCGGAUCACAGGACGCCACGGGGCGCACGGGUGAGCUGGCCCCGGUGGAGAAGGGCACCAUCCACACGAAGCGACACAGCGGAGAAGACCCUGCUAAGGCAUCCAGCGCCAAGACCGACAUACCCAUGCGAGCGCAAGACAAGCGCGCGUCUGCACCGCCGUGCGCCACCCCGCCCGCUGAGGACGAACCGCUCGCGCCCUCGGACGGCGACGCUACCCCCACGGGAAUGUGCAGCGAGUCCGCGGGCGGGGGCAGCGCGCCGGGUACGCCGCUGGAGCCCCGCGUGGACGCUUCGCAGCCGCGUCCGCUGCCCAUGCCGGAAUACGGCGGCUUCUUCGCACUCCUCACUGAGUAUCUUCCGGACACCAACCAACCCGUGUCUGGCUUCCAUCGGUGCAACGUAGCCGUCAUGUUGCUGUGCGACGUGGUGCUCGACGGCGUCGAGCUUGACUGGUCUAUCCACGUGCCGCUGAUGCUGCAUAUCGUCUUCUUGGGGAUGGACCAUACCAGAUGGAUAGUCCACCAGCACUGUCGGCAGCUGCUGCUAGAUCUGCUGGUGGCUGUGGCGGCGCACCACGACCACCUCACAGUGGCGCGCGUGCUGCUGGCGGCCCGCUCCGCACAGCUUCGCCUGGGCCUGCCGCCGCCGCCGCUGCCGCUCGUGCCGCACAACUUUACAGAACCAGAUGCAGUUUUUGACAACUUUCCUCAGUGCGGCCACUCUCCGCGCUCACACGUACGGUCCCUCUCGUCUGAUCCGCAAGUCACACCUGAGGGUGAGACGGACAACUACCCGUCGCUGCCGGUGAUCGUGACUGGCGAGGCAGAGGCCGAGGCGGAAGCAGAGCCCGCUGUCGCCGAGCUGCCCGUGGCCGACGCCAUCAAGUCGCUGGUGCACUACCUGGCCAGUCGGCCCACGCACAUGCCGCUGUGGCAGUACGAAGACAUCACUGCCAAAGUGUGGACACUCCGCAGCUGUCAGCAAAUGUCGACCCUGCUGCGGCACACGCUGCGGAUAUUCCGUGAAUCUCUUCCGCACGCGCUCAUCUCCGAGCGCUGGGCGCAGACCGCUUUGCAACUCGGCCUGUCCUGUCCUUCGCGGCACUACGCGGGCAGAUCACUGCAGGUAUUCCGUUUUAUCGGCGUUGCCAUGACCGGCCGCAUGGUGUCAGACAUACUGUCCCGGCUGGUGGAGACCGUGGCAGAGCAGGGCGAAGACAUGCAGGGCUACGUCACGGAGCUACUGCUGACUCUGGAGGCGGCUGUCGACUCACUAGAGUCCAACUUCAGGCCGCUAGACUACAUGAGAGACAUUUUCAAGUCUACUCCUAAUUUAAACAACAAAGAUGGCGGCCCACAACCGAACGGCAACGCUUAUGCCGCUGGCAAACGAUCGCCAGGCGUCUGCGUCGGAUGCGUCAGUAACCACACUCGCAGUACAAGCUACUCGGUGUCAUACUGCAUGCGCAAGAGCAACCCGCCGGCGGAAAAGCAACCCCAUGAAGCUCGCCCCCCACGAUCAUGUGAACCCGCGAAGGGCGUGUGUUCCAAUCUGUGUCGGUCGAGGUCUGCCCAAUCGCUGAAACUUUUGGGGGAUUCAGCUACACAGGAUGACAAACUGACAAUCUUGGCGACGUUAUUCUGGGUGGGAGCGUCUCUACUGGAGUCUGACUAUGAACACGAAUUCCUACUGGGAGUCCGCCUGCUGUCCCGGGUCAUGGCCCGCCUGCCUCUGGACAGACCAGAUGCGCGGGAGCGGUUAGAUCGCACGCAGGCGCACGGUACCCACGGACCUGCCUCGCUGCAUUCACUCCUGCUAAAGGGCUGCACGCACCCCAACACGUACGAGGCCGUGGUGGGCGUGCUGGUGGACACGAUCCCGCUGCUGGAGCUGCCGGUCAUUGACCCCACGCAGGCGCUCGCCUUCCCCAUGACCGUGGUGGCGCUGCUGCCGCACAUGCUACUCCACUACGAGGACGCCAGCGAGCUGUGCGUGCGCGCCGCACGCCACAUCGCGCAGUUCACGUCAGAGAAGAGCAAGAAGCUGGAGAACCUUGGCACGGUGAUGACGCUAUACUCGCGGCGCACCUUCAGCAAGGAGAGCUUCCAGUGGACUAAGUGUGUAGUCAAGUACCUCUGGGACACCUACUCGCACCUCUCGCUACAGAUGCUGGCCUUCCUCGUCGAGGUUCUGGAGAAGGGUGCGGUAAACCUGCAGCUGCCAGUGCUGUCCAUUCUCCACUGCAUGCUGUACUACGUGGAGCUGAACGCCCCGGCGGCGCAGCCAGUCAACGCGGACUUGCUGCGGGCUGUCGCCAAAUUUAUUGACCAAGACGGCAACAACUACAAGGAGGCAAUGAAGAUCCUCAAGCUGGUGGUCACCCGAUGCUCCACUUUGGUGGUACCACCGCACUGGGACCACACAUCCUCUGUUCUCGACGCUGACUUGCACGGAAAAAAGGAACUGCCCGGCCGCACGAUGGACUUCACGUUCGACCUGUCGCAAACACCCGUGAUCGGUCGCAAGUACCUGCCAAAGAGUGGCAGUCAACCCGCCACUGGACCCAGCUCACUGUCCAAUGCAUCUAGUGCUACACCGGAUAAAGGGUCGUCGACGUCGGGCUCCGCGUCAACGGUGGUGGGCGCGGAGGCGAGCGGCGCACACGCAGCCCAGGCGCACAGCGCUGCGUCGCCUCGUAGGUCACUGUCGCUGUCGCCUGCCGACGCGCAGGCCGCCGGCUGGAAGAGGCCGUGGAUGUCGCAGAGUCGAGUCCGCGAAUGCCUCGUCAACCUCCUCACCACUUGCGGACAACGUGUCGGCUUACCAAAGAGUCCAUCUGACGAUUUAAUUACCACUUUAUGUUCCAAGGUGAUCUUCAGUCAGAGUUCCGAGUUGUUGGAGAGGGAAUCUUCAAUGGCAUCCUCUCUGGAAGAGGUGUCCGGUACUCCGGGAAACGAGCCAUCCGGUGGAGCUCCGCCGACUGACCACUUUGGAGUGUUUAAGGACUUUGACUUUCUAGAGUAUGAAAGUGAAAGUAUUGAGGGCGAGAGUUCAGACAACUUCAACUGGGGCGUGCGUAGACGCUUGCUGAGUGAAGAACGCGAAGAGGGUGGAGUGCCCGAACGUAGUCCGCCGCCGCACCGCUCCAAGCACGACCACGACGCGCCUCACCACUCGAAGACGGGUCACGAGGACUCGUCUGACGAGGAGGCCGGCUGGGAGGAGGGCGCCACUCGCGGAGAAGGUGGAGAGGCUGACGCAAAUACAGCGCACGAGCUUGCUCUGCGAGCACGUGCACACUCGCUCUCAAGUGCGUCCAGUGGAGAGCCCGAUGGUGAACGUGGUGACGUAACGCCGGUGCCCAGUUCGGCAGCGGGGCCGGUCCGGGAUUCUUGGCGUUGCUCCGUAGCUGCGCUUUUGCGCCACGCCGCGCAUUCGCCGCCCAUGGCUCUAGUGCACCGGCUACAUACAGUACUCAAGGAAGUGACCUCAAAAACGAUCUCCGUGUGCGGCGAAGGAGCAUUGUUAUCUGGCGUCGGAGGUGCGGGCGAGCUGGCCGCAGUGCUGGAGCGACUGGGUUCUGAAGAGCCACCGCUGCUAUGGGCGGGCCCUGCGGCGGCCGAUUGCGCCCGCGUGAGGGACGCCGUGCGGUACGCCGCGCUUGAAAUAAACGAACACCUCGAGACUUACUUUGAUCGACGAGAACACGCGCUGGAAACGCUGGAGCUUUCCCGAAGCGCAGAGGAAGCAGGCCGCUGUCUGUACAAGUUGAUCUUCCAACUUCUGUUACUGCUGGAAACAAACAACAAGAUGGUGGUCGCAGUCUACCACGCCGCGCUUGACAAUCGCGGCGUUGAGAUGAGCGGCGCCGUGCUCACAGUCCGCGCCGCGCUGGCCGCGCACCUCAGCGACUCGUGGGCCGAGCACUCGCCCGCGCCGCACGACGACGCGCGCCUUCUGCUGCUCAUGCAGAGACAAAGGUGGGGCGCGGCACUGGCGCUGGUGCGGGACCGCAACGCGGAGCGCAUCCUCGAGCGAGGGGAACUACCGGAGGAUGACGUCACUAGCCUGCUUCACGUGUACUGCAGGGGACUUGCGCAGGCGCAGCCCGACAUGGUGGCCAUCACGCGGCCCGUCAACGAGCUGUCGCAGAACCUGUCCUUCAUGAUGGAGAGCCUGUACAAGGUGUCCGUGUCGUUGCAGCGGCAAGAGUUCGGCUGACGCCGCGCGCGCCGCGCGGCCGCGACUCUCGCGCCCCGGCGACGUCCGCGCUACUAGUUACCA